AUGAACCCGCUCUUCGGCCCCAACCUCUUCCUCCUGCCGCAGGAGCAGCAGGGGCUGGCGGGCCCCGAGCUGCCGCCGCCGCCGCCCGCCGCCGAGCCCCUGGGCGGGGAGCCGCCCGCCGGCCCCUUCCCCGCGCCGCCCGCCGCCAUGGCCCUCCGCAACGACCUGGGCUCCAACAUCAGCGUCCUCAAGACGCUGAACCUGCGGUUCCGCUGCUUCCUGGCCAAGGUCCACGAGCUGGAGCGGCGCAACCGGCAGCUGGAGAAGCAGCUGCAGCAGGCGCUGGAGGAGGGGGGCGGCCGCGGCCGCGGACCCCCGCGCCGGGACCAGGCGGUGCAGACCGGCUUCGUGGGUCCCAUCCGCACCCUGGGGCUGGGGCUGGGGCCGGGGCUGGGGCUGGGCUCGGCCCGGACGCUGGGGUCCCCCGGCUCCCGCCCCGGGGGUCCCGGCCAGCCCUCCGCCUACUCCGCCGGCUCCCGCUUCAUGCCCGGCACCAUCUGGUCCUUCUCGCAAGCGCGGCGGCUCGGCCCGGGGCCCGAGACCACCCUGGUGCAGGGACCCGGCGUCUCCUGGGUCCACCCCGACGGCGUGGGUGUGCAGAUCGACACCAUCACCCCCGAGAUCCGAGCCCUCUACAACGUGCUGGCCAAGGUGAAGAGGGAGCGCGACGAGUACAAGCGCAGAUGGGAAGAGGAGUACACGGUGCGUGUCCAGCUUCAGGACCGGGUGACUGAGCUGCAGGAGGAAGCCCAGGAGGCUGAAGCUUGCCAGGAGGAGCUGGCCGUGAAGGUGGAGCAGCUCAAGGCAGAGCUUGUUGUCUUCAAGGGACUGAUGAGCAAUAACAUCACGGAGCUGGACACCAAGAUCCAGGAGAAGGCCAUGAAGGUGGACAUGGACAUCUGCCGUCGCAUCGACAUCACUGCCAAGCUGUGUGACGUGGCACAGCAGCGGAACUGCGAGGACAUGAUCAAGAUGUUUCAGUCUCUGCACUUGUCUCCCGUUAAGGUCCCAGCCUCGGUGGGGCGGAAGCGGGAGCGCAGGCAGGUCAGCGACGAGGACACCUCGCUGUCGGAGAGCGAUGCCUCCCGGAAGCCCGACGAGGAGGAGGAGGACGAGACCACGGCCAUGAGUAUCAAUGAGGAAAUGCAGAGGAUGCUGAACCAGCUGAGGGAAUAUGACUUUGAGGAUGACUGUGACAGCCUCACGUGGGAGGAGACAGAAGAGACGCUGCUCCUCUGGGAGGACUUCUCUGGAUACGCCAUUGCAGCCGCAGAGGUGCAGGGGGAGCAGCAGGAUGACAGCCUGGAGAAGGUGAUCAAGGACACGGAGUCGCUGUUCAAGAGCCGUGAGAAGGAGUACCAGGAAACCAUCGACCAGAUAGAGCUGGAACUGGCCACAGCCAAAAAUGACAUGAACCGGCACCUCCACGAGUACAUGGAGAUGUGCAGCAUGAAGCGAGGCUUGGAUGUGCAGAUGGAGACUUGCCGGCGGCUCAUCACCCAGUCUGGGGACAGAAAGUCUCCUGCCUUCACCCCGACCUCCAACAGCGAGUCAGCCCCCAAUGAGGAGAGCGAGGAAUCCGACCGUGAUCCCCCCAGCGAUGCUUCCAUCAGAUAAUGAGGGGAGGCCCGGCUCCCUCGGACCCCCUUCCUGGCACGGGGUUGCCUGAGUCACACCUGGGAGAGACUGUCAGGGACGUGGAACUGCUGGUAAACGUCUGUCGCCCAGGCUCACUCCCGUUUUGGGGUGCUUGGCAGACCCCACACACCCCCUCACCGGAUACCUUGCAAGUGGGAAUAGCUAGAUAGACCUGAGGGCCCUUGCCCGGGCUGCUCUGCCUUCAGCCCCUUCUCUAUUCCCUUUCCCUGCUUUGGUUAAGCCGUGGUUCGGGCAGGGAGGCUCCAAACCUGCCACGGUGGCGUUCUGCAGGACGUGUUCCCAGGCGCCCCAGACCCACCUCCUCUGGCCUCCGUCCUGGUACGCCUGACCUGCCCUCCCUGCCCUCCCUGCGCUUCACGGAGCCCAACGAGAGCCGUACCUCCCUGCAAACUGGACCUGACACUGGUGCCAACUGGACCGAGCCCGGGGCUCUCCCUGUCCUUGCUGCUGGCCGGGCACCUGACUGGCACUGCCCACGCCGUGCCGGGCACCCCGAGCCUCCCAGGCCUUCUCCGGGGCGGGGGCCGAGUCCCGCUCACUGUGCACUUUGCUUUGCUCACGUCUGUGUUACGGGGGCGAGGUCAUUAAAUGGGACGAUUUCCUUUUCUA